AUGUUGAGCUUCCUGAGGGCCAUCUCGCAAAUGGCUGCCACGCACGGCCAUGACGCCGCUGCUCCCCAGCAGAAGCUCAAGCUCAUCAAGAGCCCGCUGGUCAAGAGCGACGACAAACUCGCCGACGAGCCAAAUUUGAGCACCUUCGGUGACCGGUACAGAGACGAUGCUCCAGAGUUUCAAAGGCAUGAGCAAGCAAACAUGCUCGAGAUCUUUUUCGACCUCUUCUUUGCCGCCAGCUACACCGUCUUUUCCAAGAACCAGUCCGUCACCAGCAGCACCAGAAUUGCCGGCUACAUUGGCUAUUUCACGGUGCUGUGGUUUACUUGGCUCGCCGUGGCGCUUUACGACGUUCGCUUUGUGACGGACAGCAUUUUUGAACGAGUCGCACGAGCCGUCCAUCUCGGCGUCAUGGUCGGCUUCGCAGUCGUCGCGCCCAACUUUAGACCCGAGGAAAAUAACCACCAGGGCACCUUGCAAGCCAUGUCACUCAUAUUGAUGAUCUCCCGCCUCUGCCUGGCUGCAGAGUACAGCAGCAUAUUGUGGCACGUCCGCAAGUUCAAAAAGGUCCGAUCGGCAUUCUACGCCCAAAUCGCCGUGCACUUGCUCGCGGCCCUCAUCUAUCUCGGCAUCUCGUUCCACCUCCAGCACCACCACAGCCACGUCUUCAUCACAUGGUACAUUAUCUGCGCCGCCGAGGCCCUCUUCUCCUUUGGCCUCGGGCUGUACCACGACGUCCUGAGCUUCACAAAGACCCAUCUCAUGGGCCGCAUGAGCCUCCUGACCAUCAUCAUCCUCGGCGACGGCAUCGUAGUCUUGGCCGAAAAGGUCGUGACGAUAGUCAAGUCGCCCGAGGCGUGGAACCCCCUCAUCAUUGGCAUCGUCACCGCCGGCGCCUCGACAACCUACUUCGUCUUCCUCGUCUACUUCGACUGGAUGAAGUCGCAGCACCUCCCCGGCUGGCGGCAGCAGACCUGGGCCGUCCUCCACUUCCCCUUCCACCUGGCCAUGGUCCUCUUCAUGCAGGGCUUCACCCAGUUCAUCCUGUGGGCCAAGAUCGUCGACGUCCUCAACAACUUCCGCGCCGACUGGAUCACCGCCGACGUGGACGCCCUCUCCCGCGCCACCAGCGCCGCUGUCCACGCCAACAUCUCGGCCGAGGUGAGCAAGUUCUUCGCCGAGUACAACCCCAAGUGGCAGGACCUCAUCGAGACCAUCAACACCACCCUCGAAAACAUCACCGCCAUCCCGGACGACUACUGGCCCCAGCUGGCCAGGUUCUCUGCCACCAAAGCCGAGGCCGACCUGCCCCCGGCCAACACGACCGAGUUUGUCUUCAACGUCCUCACAACCCUCGCCGUCACCAUGGAGAACAGCCUGUUUGCCACGUUUGACGUCGAUCUCACGCAGGAGUUUAUCGACCAGGACAAGAAUAAGAAUGUCACCGUUGACACCAUGGGAGGCGGCUUCGCAACGACCAUCAACAACGACACCUGGGACCGGUUUCAGCUCGUGUUUACCUACGGGUACGUCGCGUCCGGGGCGUGCCUCGCCUUCAUGACCCUCCUCACGAUCGUUUCGCGCCUCACCCCCUGGAAACCAUGGCCCGUCGUACGCGCCAUCGUCUACUUCCUGCUGGCGUUGGGCCUGGCGCUCGUCACCGCCGUCCAGGUGGACGAAGUCACGCUGGACAAGUACCUCUUUAGCCCGUGGCUGCUGCCGACGAUUUGCCUCGUGUGGUUCGUGGUGCUGCUCCUGACGCAUACGCAUUCGGUGCCGCCGCUGUUCUUCCCGCGGAGCGCUACCUUUGCCGUGCGGCGGAAAAAAGGGAUGGAUGAGGAAGAGUGUUGA